CUAGAUUUUUAAAUGAAAAUAAAUAUAGAAUGCGAUUAACGGGUUAAGAUCUAUGGAAACUCACUUCCUCAUCCUCCCACCAUUCCCAACAGCUUCACUUCCACUUCUCUUCCUUACACCUUACACUAUAAACCUCAAUAAAUCCAAAAGCAACACAGUCGCACGGUGCGGCCCCCCUGGUGGACAAUUCAGAUUCGAUCCGAUAGACGACGAACCAUACUCAGACGAUGAAUUCCGGUUCGCAGGCACCAAAAAAAAGCAGAGGGUUUGGUGGUCCGAUUAUGAUGACAACGACGAGGACUGGUGGGAGUUUGAAGAGGAUGACGAGUUCUGGGUCUUUAAGGUAUUUAAAGCUUUCACUUGGAUGUUACCAGCCAUUGCUAUAUCUUUGCUUCUAGGAAAUGGUCCAGAUGCUUUCCUUAUGGCAUUAGCAGUUCCAUUAGCACAGUCAGCACUUUCUCUUGUGUUUGACAAGGUUUGGGGAAGGACAAGUGAUAGCUGGAGACCCACCCCCAAGACCAAGCAGAGGAAGAAACCAUUUGCACCAGCUUCAAACAAUGUUAAAACGAGCAGGGGAAGAAAAGAAGAAAAUACAACUGAUGGAGAGGCAAGUUAUCAGUCAUGGGUGGGUAGAGCUAGUGGUUUCCGUAAUAGUGGUGCAAAAAGAGCCACAAAGUAUGGUGGGUGGGAUCAGCUAGAUAUGCAAAUGGGGACCCAAAAGAAGGCAUCAAAUCGAAAGGCAAAUUGGGUACCAAAACAACAAACGAUGAGCAAACUGAGUAGGACAGGAAGAGUCAGAGAAGUACCAUUACUAGUUAGGUUGCUGGUUGCCAUUUUCCCAUUCUUGAGUUCCUGGACUAAGAUACUCUGAUUUAGUUUUCCCUCCUGCUCUAUUGGAAGCUACUAGGUGCUUUUUCCAUGCCUUUUGUGAUCUUUCAUAGACGUCAUCCAUGCCAGCAGAAAGAAACUUCCGCUGUCGUGUGUUGUCAAUGACAUUGGAAGAAACUCUAAAAUGCAGAGGUAACAAUUAGCAGUGGCUCCUGUAGGUAAUUUCACGCCAUAUUUUCCUUGCUUGCUUCUAUAGCUGAUUCUUCCUGAGCAAUGUGCUGAGACCUUACAAGUUGUAAUAUUUAUGCAUAUCGAACAUUUGAUGUGGUUACUUAGACUUCGCUGGAGAUAUAAGAUGGGCAAAUAUAGUAAUCUUGUUGAUGUAAUUGUUGAUUUUUGCUGUAUGAAGAAUGAACUUAGCUCUUUGUU